AUGGCACCCGAAAAGCCCGAUCAAGCUAUGAAGAGCACCGGCAACCCGCCCUGUGGUACAGGCUGCUGUGGGCCUACAGCUUCCCUUCAUUCGAACAACUCUGCCUCGACCACCGACAGUACAGCUUACUGUGACGAGGCCGAGAAGUGUGAUGAGGUCUGUAUCAAGGCUGCUGCUGCUCUUGAGUGCAAGCUCGCUUGCGAUGCAGAAUUCGAAGAAUGCUCUGGCAGUGACGGCCAAGAUAAGGACAACCACGAUGGCCACGAUCACCUGGAGAAGCAUGGUCACAAGCAUGAUGAAGGCGGCCACCAUCCUGAUGAGCCAUGUGUCAGCCACAUCCAGGCGGCUAUGGACAGGUAUGCCGCCUACCUCGAGUCUGCGCGUUGCAUCUGCCGCAGUGCUAUCGAGUCCUCUGCCAAAGCUAGCCAGUCCUGUGCUACCGUUGCUCCCUCGCCGCACUUCAUCCUUCCUCACGGCCAGUCUUCCGCUCAUUCUUAUGGCAAAGGUUCUGGCACUCUGGCGAAGCGCACCAGGACGAAGCCAAAGGCCGAUCGCUGUUAUUCUUCCGCUAUCGGCAGUAUCAAUGGAGGUCAUGAUCACCACGUUUCUCCUGACGCCGCUGAAUGCCACGACCAUGGGCAUCAUCACGACUCUGACAAACCGACUAAAGUCCCGCCCGCAACUUCUGGUUCUGUUGGCGACAUUGAGAAGAUGGCCGCCGUGCGAGAGCAUGUCCUCUUCAACGUGACCGGCAUGGACUGCUCUGGCUGCGCCAACAACUUGACCCGAGCCCUUGCAGCCGUGCCUGGCACUGAUAACGUCAAGGUUACUUUUAUUACCAACACGGCUGAGCUCGAUCUGGAUUCUACUAUCACCGCGAUUCCCACAGUGGUCCGCCUGGCAGAACGGGCCACUGGCUAUAAGCUAGUCACGUUCGACAGUGACAAUCAGGUACUGGACCUCACGAUGGACAGUAACAGUGCGAAAGCCUUCCAAAGCAAUCUACCAGCUGGAGCCGAGUCCUGCACCAGGAUUACCGGGAAUGUCUACGAAGUCAAUUAUGAUCCAUGUAUGAUCCGCGCCAGAGACGUUCUCGAAUACUCUGGUGGCAAGCUUGCCCCUCCUCGUGCAGACAAGUCGAUUGAUGCUGGUCAUCGCAGACUCCUCUGGGUCUUCUACCUCACCGCCGCAGCAUUCAUUCUCACCAUGCCUGUUGUUGUCAUGGAAUGGGGCGAUUUCGACACGAUCCCCCAUACAACCGUGCUGAUUAUCUCGGUUGUGCUUGGAACACUCGUCCAAUGUAUCGCCUAUCCGGAAUUUUACAAGCCAGCCAUCUCUUCUUUGAUCUACAACCGAGUCCUUGAGAUGGAUAUGCUCGUUGUGAUCAGCAUCACGGCCGCUUACGGUUAUUCUAUUGUAGCCAGUGGACUCAUCUUCGACGGCCGACAGCUUGAAACAAGCCCGUUCUUUGAGACCAGCACGCUACUCAUUACCUUGGUUCUCAUGGGCCGGCUCCUUGCCGCGUGGGCGCGCAAAAGGGCGGUGUCCAAGGUCUCCCUGCGAUCGCUACAGGCCUCUACUGCUGUGCUAGUAGAUCCCGCUACUGGCAGUACCACUGAUAUCGACGCCCGCCUGUUGCACUUCGGAGAUACCAUCCAAGUGCUCCCACAUUCGCAGGUUGUCACGGAUGCUGAUGUCGUCAGCGGUAUCAGCGAAGUCGACGAGUCUAUGCUGACAGGUGAAAGUUUGCCCAUUCAUAAGGCACCGGGCAGCAGCAUCAUCUCAGGCACUGUCAACGGCUCUGGCACCUUGACAGCACGUGUAGUGCGAUUGCCGGGUAAGAAUACCAUCACCGAUAUUGCAAACCUGGUCGAGCAGGCUCAGAGCUCGAAGCCAAGGAUCCAGGAUCUGGCAGAUAAGGUUGCAGGGUACUUCAUCCCCGUUGUCUGUACAGCAGCGGUCAUUGUUUUUGCUAUUUGGCUUGCGGUGUCUCUGAGAGUACGUAACCAAGCAGCCGGCCAGGCGAUUGGCACCGCGAUCUCAUACUGUAUCGCAGUUUUGGCCGUUUCAUGUCCUUGUGCUCUCGGAUUGGCAGUACCUAUGGUCCUUGUGGUCGCUGGAGGGAUCGCUGCUCAAGGAGGCAUUAUCAUCAAGACCGCGGAUGUGACUGAGCGCGGCCACAAAGUCACGGAUGUGAUUUUCGACAAGACAGGCACACUCACGGAAGGCAAUCUUGACGUGGUUGAGGAGACUGUGUUUGACACGGAUAACGGCACUGAUGUCCUCUCGGUCGUCAAAGCUCUUGUGAAAGACAACAAGCAUCCUGUCUCGGUAGCCGUUGCUGCUAGUGUUCAGAAACGCACCGGCAAUACUGUCCCCCUUGAAGACCUCACUUCCAUUCCAGGCUGCGGCAUGUACGCGAUGCUGAACGGGACGUCCGUUCGAGCUGGUAAUUCUCGAUGGCUCGGUCUUGAUGGCCAUCCGACAGCCAUCGAAUACAAAUCUCGUGGCCUGACUCUCCUGUGCGUCACUUCUGGCGAGGAUAAGCAGCCUCUGGCGAUAUUCGGUCUCAAAUCGGCCCUGCGCCCUGAAGCACACAACGUUGUCGCGGAGCUUCACAGGCGCGGUCUCUCAGUCCAUAUCUUAAGCGGUGACAGCACGCCUGUGGUUGCAGGCGUUGCAACAACCCUUGGCAUCCCGCUCUCGAAUGUCGCUGGCGAGCGCUCACCAGCUGAGAAGCAAGCAUACGUGUCAGCCCUCAUGUCCGACAACAAGACAACACUGUUCUGUGGCGACGGUACCAACGAUGCCGUGGCGGUCGCUCAAGCCAGUGUCGGAGUCCAGAUCGAGUCGACCUCCGACGUGACCCGUAGCACUGCCGAUGUUGUGCUCCUCGGUGGUCUCGACGGCGUGGUAUCCUUGUUGGAUGUCAGUAAAGCAGCCUACCGACGCAUCCUGUUCAACUUUGCUUGGUCAGCAGUCUACAAUGUCCUCGCGGUGCUGCUGGCAGGCGGUGCAUUCGUGCGCAUUCGCAUCCCUCCUGCUUUUGCUGGGCUUGGCGAAGUUGUCAGCGUGAUGCCAGUUGUGGUUGCUGCGCUCACGAUGCCUAAGGUCAAGAAGUCCUCGAUCUCUGCUGCGACCUCUUGA